CAUCACUCAUAAUUAUCCACUUUCUUGGAUCUACUUUCAGUUGUAAUUAUGUAAUUUAUUAGUAAUGGGCAUUGGCAACAUAAAAUUGAGAUGCGUUUUCGGAAGAUUCGAAAAAUUGGCCGCUGGAAAAAUUGGCGUCUGAUAUCUGUAGUAAUAUCUUGUUUCACUUUCGGCCUGUUCGUGGGGUGGGUGGGCAACACCGAUCAAAUAAAAGAAGAGAUUGAACUUCGAGUUGAUCAUGCACCGCCUGACGCAAGAGAGGAUUGGAUGGAUAAUAGAGAAGGAAUAGAAAUUCUCGGUCGCAAAAAAUUAUCAGUAAAAGACGAAAAAGUCAUUCAACCAUUUUCGAGAAUUCCACCGAAUUACGAGAAGAUUGUUCUUCCUCCUCGAGCUCCAACGAACAAAUUUGAUAUUGAGCCAUACAGAAUAAUGAAAAGAAAUAAAGUUUCAGGAAAGGAAGGGGCUCAUCAUUUUAUGUUAUUUAUUGUGAAAAGUGCUCCGAUUCAUACAACUCGUCGUGAAGUCAUUAGAAAAACCUGGGGAGCAGUUAAAGAAGUUGAUGGUUUACUUUUCAAUACUAUCUUUGUUGUCGGUCAAGUGGAUCCAAAUUCACCUUUGCAGCAUAUUUUAGAGAAGGAAAACAAAAUCAAUGGAGACAUGUUGCAAACGGGAACACCAGAAGGAUACAUAAACCUUCCAAGUAAAGUGUUAUCGGCUAUGCAGUGGUUGAUUUCAAAGUCUUCUCAAAUAUCGAGCGAUUUCUAUACAUUUACUGACGAUGAUUGCGUAAUGAACAUCGCAAAUAUAGUUGACUUUUUUGGAAAUCUUCCAUUUGAAGAUGAUGAAAACGAUUCAUCUAAACGAUUUGAUCGGUCUAAAUCAAGUCAAUCAAUAAAGGAAAUUCAAACUAUAGAAUUAUAUAAGAAAAAGAAAGUGAAUGAGGUAACGCUACCACCUUUGGAAGCAAAAAAAUUAACAAAAAGCAUCAUAAAUGAAGUAAAGUACGAGGAUUCAAAAAGACAAUUAUAUGAUUCGUUUGAGGGAGAACAGAGAAGUAAAGAAGGAGACGAAGACGACGUAGCUGAGAAUCUCGAAAUAUAUGCAGCUAUGGAUCCAAAUGCAAAAAUUCAAAUCGAAAGAAUAGAGAAGGAUGAUGCCAAUUUUGAUCAGAAUGAAAAUUUAUACGGAGAUAUUCCUAUCAUAUCAAAUUUUAAACAAUAUACCUCAAAUUUUAUGCCGCAUAACUAUAACCCAGCAUAUAAAAACAAUUCAUAUAAUUUAAUCCAAUAUUUGGAAACAGCAUUACAAGAAAAAGAUCCAGGGAUUAUUUUUAGAAAGCAUCGCUUAGUUCCUGAUGGUCUGUACUGCGGAUUUCCAUAUGAUCCCCAAGGGAAGCCGCACCGCCGAAUGACAGAUAAAUGGGGUGUGACAAAAGAGCAAUAUUCCUUUGACGUGUAUCCAUCGUUUUGUCAUGGUGGUAUGUAUACCAUGAGUGGGAAUUUGAUGACUUCAAUAUUUGCAAUCUCGACCGUAACCGAUUAUCAUUCAUAUCAUUUGGAGGACGUUCUAAUUACUGGUAUUUUGCGAGAGAAAACUGGAGUGCCUGAUUCUAAAAUGAUUCGCAGAGGCACUGAUCCAAAAGUGAAGCCACUUAUGUAUUAUGUUUGGGAUUCUGGACCACGCGUGUUGUUGAAAAUGGCGCGUAAAUGGAAAUUUUAUAACAGGCCACUGUUUUCAAAACGUUUUGCAAUGGAGGCUCUGAGAAACGGUGAAGUUAUAUCCUGGAAUAAUUAUGGGAAAAGCUAGCAGAUAUGAAUCUACUUCAGGGUGUAAGUUAUUUCACGAAAUAUAUUCACGUAAGUGAAGUCUGCCUAAAAUGCUUUAACAGUUCACAUGUUGUAAUCAUACAAGACCAUGUGAAUCCCUAAGAUCUAAGUGUAUAUUGCUAUUUGGGUAAUGAAAGCAUGAAAAGAACAUCAAAUUACUUGACUUCAAUAUAUUAUUUACUUAAUUUUUUUGUAACUGUCACUGUGAUGAUAUUAUUUUGUAUUUCUCUAUACUUUUUUUUAUUCAAAACUUAAAAAAAAAACUCUCGUGCACGUUAUGAAUUUGUGCGUAGGUUAAAUUUGUCCAUAUUCGAGGGCUAGAAGUUCUUUGCCUCUGAUGUGAUUCAGCACAGAAGACUUUUAUAUCCCAAAAAUGAAAAGGAAGGUUUUAUGUGUUUGUUUCAUAUCUUGUGAUUUAUCUUGUCGUCUGAACACCAUAGCCAAUAUGUUUACAAAAUAUAUGUUGAACAGCCACCGUCGUGUCAUCCCCGUCGUUCCUUAGGCUCUGGAAUCGGUCAGAGCGAUAUCCGUAGUAGUAUACUUAUUUUUAAAAUUAGCUCAAUGGUGCCAGGAUUAUAUAUUAUCGACAACUUUCGACAUGAUAUCCUCUAAUACUAUUGAUUCCGCCGUUAUAUUUUAUGGUAUAAGGUUUGUCGUUAUAACGUAAGCAAAUGAAACCUAAUUUAGGGUUAUUUUCAAAUACAUAUGUCAGCUGGCUUUUGAGAGGCCUAUCCCCAAUCCCUAUCACUUCACUUAGGUUAUAGUAAACGGGGUAUGUAAUAUUGAUUCUGAAAUAUUGAAACAUUUUUGAAAAUAGUAGAUCCUCGUGUAUCCCUCACUUUUGUUUUGAGCAGUUGUUCCCAAUUUUUUUGUAGCUUGUGGUGCCCUUCAUGAGGAUUUUAGAACUCGUGGCUAUUCCAGUUCAUCAUAUGAAAAAACUAUUAUGUAUUUACGAUUUUAUAUCGUAUGCGAAACUGGCGCCUAGAAUUGUCUGACAGUUACACAUUACAUUUAGCACAAUCUUUGAUAUGGCAAGAAAAAUUUCACCGACAACAUAAAGAUGUUUUUCAAG